CAGUAUUCCGUCUCUAUUUUGAAUCCCUUCACCAUUUUUUCAACGUUCUUCUUCCCUAUUUCAUCGUCUGUUUCUUCACUCUGUUUUCAUAUCUCUUUUGUUAAUUCAUCAUUUACCUGCAUGUUCUUCCUUACACUUUCAUAAUUUCACAUCAUUUCAGACUACACACAUUGAUGGAGCAUAUGAAGUCUCCAUUUAGAGGAAUUGCACAUGAUGUUAGAGGAAGAUUAUUGUGCUAUAAACGCGAUUGGAUUGCCGGUAUUACCUCUGGAUUUGGGAUACUGGCUCCAACUACAUACAUCUUUUUUGCUUCUGCACUACCUGUGAUUGCAUUUGGGGAGCAACUUAGUAGAGAUACAGAUGGAAGCUUGAGCACUGUUGAAACAUUAGCUUCUACUGCAAUAUGUGGUCUUAUACACUCCAUACUUGGUGGACAACCUCUUCUCAUAUUGGGAGUUGCGGAACCGACUGUUAUAAUGUACACUUACUUGUAUAACUUUGCUAAAGGGAAGCACGAUUUGGGCCGAGAGUUGUUCUUGGCUUGGGCUGGAUGGGUGUGCACUUGGACAGCUGUGUUGUUGUUUCUUCUGGCGAUUUUCAACGCAUGUGUUAUCAUCAAUAGAUUUACAAGAAUCGCAGGGGAAACUUUUGGGAUGUUAAUUGCUGCUCUUUUCAUACAAGAGGCCAUCAAGGGACUAGUGAGCGAGUUCAACGUUCCUAAAAAUGAGGACUCAAACAAAGUGAAGUAUCAGUUUCAAUGGCUUUACACUAACGGUCUACUGGCAAUCGUAUUCUCAUUUGGCCUUUUAUACACUGCACUAAAAAGUAGGAAGGCAAGAUCAUGGUGGUGCGGAACAGGGCGGCUACGAAAUUUCAUAGCAGACUAUGGGGUUCCAUUGAUGGUUGUCGUGUGGACCACACUCUCAUACAGUGUACCAAGCAAAAUCCCUUCUGGAGUUCCAAGAAGGCUCUUUAGCCCACUUUUAUGGGACUCUGAAUCCACACAUCAUUGGACUGUAAUCAGGGAUAUGGGUAGGGUUCCUCCUGCAUACAUAAUGGCAGCCAUCAUCCCAGCACUUAUGAUAUCGGGGCUAUAUUUCUUUGAUCAUAGCGUCGCUUCACAAUUGGCUCAACAGAAAGAGUUCAAUCUCAAGAAUCCUUCAGCCUAUCAUUACGACAUUCUUUUGCUUGGAUUCAUGACAUUACUCUGCGGAUUAUUAGGACUGCCUCCUUCAAACGGUGUCUUGCCUCAGUCACCCAUGCACACUAAGAGCCUCGCUGUUCUAAAAAAACAGUUUAUUAGAAAGAAACUGGUGGAGAGUGCCAAGGAAAGUAUAAAAAUGAAAGCAAGCAGUUCCGAGAUCUACAACAAGAUGCAAACCGUGUUCAUAGAACUCGACAGCUUACCGAUAACAACUACAGUAGUUAAUGAACUAAAGGACUUGCAAGAAGCAGUCAUGAAAGUAGAAAACGGAAUAGAAAAAACUAACGGUUUAUUCGAUCCUGAAAAACACAUUGACGCCCAUUUACCGGUGAGAGUUAACGAGCAACGGGUCAGCAAUUUACUGCAGUCAGUUCUUUUAGCAGCCUCUAUUUGUGCUAUGCCCGUUAUAAAGUUAAUACCAACCUCGGUUUUAUGGGGCUAUUUUGCCUACAUGGCAAUCGACAGCCUCCCCGGAAACCAAUUUUGGGAAAGGAUCUUGCUGCUUUUUGUUCCUUCUGGUAGGAGAUAUAAGGUUCUGGAGAAGGUUCAUGCAUCUUUUAUCGAGUUGGUGCCAUUUAGAAGCAUCAUGGUAUUCACAAUAUUCCAAGCUGUCUAUUUUAUGGUGUGUUACGGUAUGACGUGGAUUCCGAUUGCUGGAAUUCUAUUCCCUGUGCCGUUUUUCCUUCUCAUCAGCAUACGACAACAUAUUCUACCAAAAGUGUUCCAGUUGCACCAUUUGAGGGAACUUGAUGCAGCAGAGUACGAAGAAAUCGUCGGCAGCCCGACUUGUGCUCCCAGCCUUAAUCUCAGGGAAAUGAAUAGUGGUGGUGGUGGGAGCAAUGAAGGCGAUGUGUCAAUAUGUGAUGCUGAAAUCCUAGAUGAAUUCACUACAAGUAGAGGGGAGCUUAAGGUUCGAAGUCUUAGCAUCAAAGAUGAUAGACGUACACAGCAAAUUUACGAUGGUGACUCAAUCCAGCCGGAGUGAUAGAGACAGCUAAACAGUUGGUUCAAAGGCCCAAUAAAAACAUUGUGAAUACUGGGCUUUUUAAAGUGAAAUUUUCUUGUUUAGGCCUCAAGGCCCAAGGGUCGAAAUUGGGCAAAAUUUUAGCAAUAUUGAACCUUCAAUUGAUAUGAAAAGUUUUCAAUCUUAAGUAGUCAAA